AUGGAUAACAAUAUACUAGAUCAAAUUGUAAAUAGCUCUGUUGACAAUCCAAUUUCUGGCAAUAAUAAAAGAGAUUCAAUCGGUAGUAUCAGCCAGAGCGAUGACAAUGAUGGUAUCAGUACUGCAUCCAUAAUGGAUCUUGAGGAUGCGUCUGCAUUUAGACUUGAUACACCAAAUUCCGCUGCGCCCAAUUUGAAACCUAAAAAAUUGUUCUAUACAGAGGACGAUGAUGAUGACGCUCUGGACCCAGAAAAGAACAUUGGCAUAACUCAAAGACCUAAGAAGAAAGUGCGAUUUAAUAGCAUCAAGCGAAAUGAUCCUUCAAGUGAUAAAGAAACUGCAUUAUACCCUUGGGAACUGAAGAAAGUUAUACGAAAGGAAUUCAGAGAGAAGCUGCCUAACAAUUACGAGAUCAAACGAUGGAAGAAACCUUCCAGAAUAAUGGUAAAUUCAGUUAUACACCUGCUCGAGGCAAACGUUCAAACUUCGAUAGAAACAGUUUUUGAACGAUAUAGGUCUGAAGUAUUGAAUGUAACUCAUCAAAAUGGCCAGGAGGUCGAUAAAAUUUACAGACAGAAACAGAGCAUAAUGAAUGACAUUGUAGCCAAGAUAAAAGUGCAAUUAAAAAAAUCAAGAUUCCCAGCUAGAAUAUCCGAACGUGAUUUAGAUGUCGAAUACAUUGUGUCAAAAAGGAACUUCAUUCAAAAACGUUACGCAGAAGAAUUGGAUAAUGCCGAGAGAGUUGAGACCGAGCUUUUCAAGGAGCAAGCCCUGCUGGAAGAAGCAAAGAAUUCGUGCAGGCAAGCCAGGGAAAGCAACAAAAUAAAACUCACAAAUGAGCUGAUCAAAAAAAAUCUGCAUCCGAGCCUUAAUGAUGCUAUAGAUAAUGCCUACGGUCUCAUCAAAGCCUCAAAAACCAGCACAGCUCCAGGAGACGGCUUCCAAAGGGAUUCCAAAGAGUUAAACUUGAAAAUUUCUCAGGUUAAGCAACCUUCAGAUGAUUUGCAUGACAAAAUUCUGAGCUAUCUGCCGGCAUUGGAGCAGUUGAAUGAGGUAACUGAAAAACUAGAAGAUAGCAUAAGUGUGUUUACUAGCGGUGAACAAGAAGUGCUUCAGGAUACUUUUUUGGAUGAACAGUGA